AGCGCCACUGUGCUGGCUGCGGCUGCAGCUGCGGAGAGCUUGCGACUCUCGGGUGGGCUCGCGGGUCCCCAAUGCUCACAAAACAGGCCAUUGCUGAGGCCCUUGGUUUCCCACCAGAAAUAGAAGGUUGCCAUGUCUCGGGAGACGGAUGCGGAGAGCCCGCAGUCCCAGGGAAGCACCUCAUCACAGGCCCACGGCACUGGUGGCUCACAGUCCCAGGGAGGCUUCACCCAGCCGCAGGGUCCUCUCUCUCAGCUGCAUGGCUUCUCCUCCCAGUCCCAGUCCCAAAGCACGUCCAGCUCUUCCACCGGCACGGCGCCCACCUCCAGCCAGUCCUCUCACUCCAGCUCUGGCACUCUGAGCUCCUUAGAGACAGUGUCUACUCAAGAACUCUGUUCUAUCCCAGAAGACCAAGAACCGGAGGAGCCUGUCCCUGCCCCCUGGGCUCGAUUAUGGGCCCUUCAGGAUGGAUUCUCCAAUCUUGACUGUGUUAAUGACAGCUACUGGUUUGGGAGGGAUAAAAGCUGUGAAUAUUGCUUUGAUGAACCGCUGCUGAAAAGAACGGAUAAAUACAGGACAUACAGCAAGAAACACUUUCGGAUUUUCAGGGAAAUGGGUCCUAAAAAUUCUUACAUUGCAUACAUAGAAGAUCACAGUGGAAAUGGAACUUUUGUCAAUACGGAACUUGUAGGAAAAGGAAAAUGCCGUCCUUUGAGUAACAAUUCUGAAAUUGCACUUUCACUCUGUAGGAAUAAAGUUUUUGUAUUUUUUGAUCUGACUGUAGAUGAUCAAUCAGUGUAUCCCAAGGAACUAAGGGAUGAAUACAUCAUGUCAAAAACGCUUGGAAGUGGAGCUUGUGGGGAGGUGAAACUGGCUUUUGAGAGAAAAACAUGCAAGAAAGUCGCCAUCAAGAUCAUCAGCAAGAGGAAAUUUGCCAUUGGCUCCUCAAGAGAGGCGGAUGCAGCCCGAAAUGUUGAAACUGAAAUAGAAAUUUUGAAGAAACUUAAUCAUCCGUGCAUCAUCAAGAUUAAAGCCUUUUUCGAUGCUGAAGAUUAUUACAUCGUCUUGGAGUUGAUGGAAGGAGGAGAGCUCUUUGACCGGGUGGUGGGGAACAGACGUCUGAAGGAAAUGACCUGCAAGCUCUACUUUUACCAGAUGCUCUUAGCUGUACAAUACCUUCAUGAGAAUGGCAUCAUCCAUAGGGACUUGAAGCCAGAGAAUGUUCUCCUGUCGUCUCAAGAAGAGGACUGCCUCAUCAAGAUUACUGAUUUUGGGCAGUCCAAGAUUUUGGGGGAGACUUCUCUCAUGAAAACUUUGUGUGGUACCCCCACUUACCUGGCUCCUGAAGUCCUUCUGUCUGUUGGAACUGCCGGGUACAAUCGUGCCGUUGACUGCUGGAGUUUAGGAGUUAUUCUUUUUAUCUGCCUUAGUGGGUACCCACCUUUCUCUGAGCAUAAGAUUCAGGUGUCACUGAAGGAUCAGAUCACCAGUGGGAAAUACAACUUCAUUCCUGAAGUCUGGGCAGAUGUCUCCGAGAAGGCCCUGGACCUUGUCAAGAAACUGCUGGUCGUGGAUCCGAAGGCACGGUUCACCACAGAGGAAGCCUUACGCCACCCGUGGCUUCAGGAUGAAGACAUGAAGAGAAAGUUUCAGGAUCUACUGGCUCAGGAAAAGAAAUCGAUGGAUCUGCCCCCAGUCCCAGCCCAGUCUCACAGCAGUCGGAAGCGGCCCCUGGAAGGGGGGGACACCGAGGACACCCAGACCCCAAAGCGCCCGGCCGCGUGUGCUGCUGCCCUCUGAACGCUGCUGCCUGGACCUGGGAGGAAUCCAUGUGCUAUCUUUUUAAAAUAGUUUUGUUUUAAUUAUGGGGCUGAUUGCUCUUCCACAAUCACUGAUGUAUGAUUCAAAACCUCAUGGAGAUUGGGCUUUUGUGCUAUGCUCGGUCACUAUUGCUGUAACUGAGUACUUUUUUUUUUUCUUAUUAAAAAACGUGUCAGAAGCUGUUGUGUGCCUUGCAUGUGGCGCUCUUGCCAUUACUGGUCUGGUUCUCAGGAUGUCACCCCGGUUUUAGCCUGUAUGAGCGAGAUGCAAAUUCUAAAGUCCUCUUAAAAAAGUCACAGGAACCCAGCACUAGGUAGGCUGAGGUAGGAGAAUAGCCAGAAGUUUGAGGCCAGCCUGGGGCUACAGAGUGAGUUCCAGGUCAGCCUGAGUGUUGCAGUCAGGUGUCUCUU